GCCAAUCGCCUUGCUGAACAGUGAAUGGGCCAAUCAAGCCUCUCCAUUUUGCUGUCGGGGCCUCGGAUUCCCAUCGGGAUCUUGGGGAGGAAGAGAGCCGUGGAUUGGGUUACGCCGCCGGAAGCGGGGUGGAACUUUGUUGUGGCGAGCGAGCGGCCUUUGCGGCGGCAGUUUAGGGUGGGCACCGCCGAGGUGAGGGAGUCUUGCCUCCCGCGCUCUAGUAGGUGUAUCAUUACCAGCGCUACAGACUGCAUGACAUCACUGAGUCUCCUUGAAUACCUGACAUUCUCCAUCUGAAUCUACUUGGAAGCCAGAGCAAACUGAUUAUUCCAUUAUGGAUGGAGGAGAUGACGGUAACCUUGUCAUCAAAAAGAGGUUUGUGUCAGAGGCAGAACUAGAUGAACGGCGCAAAAGGAGGCAAGAAGAAUGGGAAAAAGUUCGAAAACCUGAAGAUCCAGAAGAGUGUCCAGAGGAGGUUUAUGACCCACGGUCUCUGUAUGAAAGACUACAGGAGCAGAAAGACAGGAAGCAGCAGGAAUAUGAGGAGCAGUUCAAAUUCAAAAACAUGGUAAGAGGCUUAGAUGAAGAUGAGACCAACUUCCUUGAUGAGGUUUCUCGGCAGCAAGAACUAAUAGAAAAGCAGCGAAGAGAGGAAGAGCUGAAAGAACUGAAGGAAUACAGAAGUAAUCUCAACAAGGUUGGAAUUUCUUCAGAAAACAAGAAGGAAGUGGAGAAGAAACUGGCUGUGAAACCCAUAGAAACCAAGAAGUUCUCCCAGGCAAAGCUGUUGGCAGGAGCUGUGAAACAUAAGAGCUCAGAGAGUGGCAACAGUGUGAAAAGACUGAAACCAGACCCUGACCCAGAUGACAAGAAUCAAGAGGCCUCGUCCUGUGUGUCUCUCGGAAGCACUUCCCUGAGCGGCCCCUCCAUCCACUGCCCCUCUGCAGCAGUCUGUAUCGGCAUCCUCCCGGGCCUGGGCGCCUACUCGGGGAGCAGCGACUCUGAGUCCAGCUCAGACAGCGAAGGCACCAUCAACGCCACUGGGAAGAUCGUCUCCUCCAUCUUCCGAACCAACACCUUCCUCGAGGCCCCCUAGCUCCUCUGCGCUUAGCACAGGGAGCUCCUCCCCACAAGUAGUUGGACUGGUCAUCCUACCUGCAGGCAUUGUCUCCCUCCAAAAACUCCCUCGUCUGCUUCCUGUACACACCACGACAUUUUUAACCUACCCUAAAAAUGUGCCAGAAUCCACUUGUGGCCCGAA